UUAGCAACUCAGAUCGUAGCAAAAGCAGGGGGGAAAAAACCUUAGGACGAUGCAGAAAUCUUCAUCUUUUGAAUUCAAGUGGACAAGGAAAGGCUGAGGAGGGGGUGUCAGGUGAUGGGGUUAACAACAACAGGCAUUCCAGCCGCAGCGAGUGGGACAAAGCAACGCUCACAGCAACAAGGCCUGCUUAUGAAUGAGACUCACAACAUCUGAUUCACAUUAUUUCCACCCAUGCACAUUUCUUUUUUGUUUAAAGCCAGGGUCAGCGAGGGCUGUAUAGACUGUGUGGGACAUUCUGUUAAUGAUUUGCUUUUGGGUCGCUGCUGCUGCUGCUGAGGCACACGAGAAGAUUAAUAAAGACCUUCUGAAGAAGAAGGAGGCAGGCUGAGCUUGAGGCAAGCAGGUGGGAGAUUUAGCUGCCCGCUACUCUUUGGUAGUAGACGUUACCACGUAAUCCCACCCAUCCCUGCAAUUUUGCUGCGGUCUCCUGGAACUUCUCUUGCUCCCUGCACAUCCAAGGAAGCCAUAUUAUUGCACAGAUGGCUGUCCAGUAUGUCCAUUAUAAGGGGAUAAAGUUCCCCCCUGGAUAUAAUUCUGUGGAGAACCUUUGCUUUGCUGAGAAUGAGUUUGAAGUGCGAGAUGACGACAUCUUCAACGUGACUUACCCCAAGUCUGGAACAGUGUGGAUGAUUGAGAUCCUCAGCUUGAUCCUCAAUGGAGGUAAUCCAAGCUGGAAUCAAUCUGUGCUUAAUUCCUGCCGUGCCCCCUGGUUCACCACCCAGCUAGGCCUGGAGGCAGCGCAUCUCCUCCCACCUCCACGGCUGCUCACCUGUCACCUCCCCAUUCAUAUCUUCCCCAAAGCCUUCUUCAGCUCCAAAGCUAAGGUGGUGUACACAUUGCGGGACCCCAGGGAUGUACUUGUUUCUUACUAUCAUUUUUCCAAAAUGUGUGUCCCAUUUGAGAACCCCAAAUCCUUCAACCACUUCCUGGAGAGUUUCCUGAGUGGGGAUGUACCUUUUGGAUCGUGGUUUGACCAUGUCACAGGUUGGAUGAAGCUGAAAGGCAAAAGCAACCUCCUUUUCAUCAGCUACGAGGAGCUGAAGCAGGACCUGUUUGGUAUUGUGGAACGCCUCUGCCAUUUCCUAGGGAAAGAGCUCGAUGAAGCAGCGAUUACAUCAGUGGUGGAGAACACUUCCUUCGAAGCCAUGAGAAGGAAUGACAUGUGCAACUCAACAAUGCUUCCCAAGGAAUUUAUGGACCAAGAGAAAGGGACCUUCCUGAGGAAGGGCAUCUGCGGAGACUGGAAAACUCACUUCACGGUGGCACAGUCUGAAUACUUUGACAAGGUUUACCAGGAGAAGAUGGAGGGCCUGAAAGGAAUAUUCCCUUGGGAACACACUAGGCAGGAGAACCACUUGGGAAAAGGCCUUAAUUUCUGAACUGAAAGAUGCUGCAGCUUAAGCUUGUCUGUCUGUUACCAAGAAAGCCUUUCCUUAAUCCUAAACCCUAAAGUAGAGGCACUUUUUGUAGGGGAAAUGUAUGUGCUCGGAGCAAUUCAUAACAUUUUUUAUAAUUUCACAUGCUUCAGGGUGCUGGAUGUGAACACAUGUUAUGCUUCAGGGCACAGAGUGGCAUAUGAUGUAUCAUGUGAAGGCAUCUACUGCAGUCAUCUGGCUGAAGAUGGGCUGCAUUGGAAUUAGCAGGGGGAAACUGACGGAGGCUGCCUUAAGUUGCACAGAAGAAAACGGGGAUCUAAUCAUGUUUCUUUUUCAAAAGAAAUAUUAUUAAGGCAAGCAACGAACAGCAACUGAAUAUAGCGAUGCAACACACUAUUAAUCUCAAGAUGGUAAAUAGCAAAAGAAAGGCAAUUUUUAAAAUAAUAAUACUCAGUGCUUUUUUUCUAAAAAAUGUUUAGGGGUACAGUGGUACCUCAGGUUACAUACGCUUCAGAUUACAUACGCUUCAGGUUACAGACUCUGCUAACCGAGAAAUAGUGCUUCAGGUUAAGAACUUUGCUUCAGGAUGAGAACAGAAAUCGUGCUCCGGUGGCGCAGCGGCAGCAGGAGGCCCCAUUAGCUAAAGUGGUGCUUCAGGUUAAGAACAAUUUCAGGUUAAGAACGGACCUCCGGAACGAAUUAAGUACUUAACCCGAGGUACCACUGUACUCUCAUUUUGACUCAAGAAAACCACCAUUUUAUAGUUCAAAUAGGGGAAAAAUAAAUACAGUAAAUGGACAAAAGUACAAAGAUUCACAAAAUGUUUAGGAGUAUGUGUCCCCCAGCGUCCCCACAAAAAAAAGAACUGAUAAUAAUAAUAACAACAACCACCACCAGUUUUACAGACAACCACAACCGAGACCAUAUUUUAGAAUCAACAGUGUGGAUUUCAGAAAGUUAUUAUUCUACAAUGUUUGUGGGAAAGGGCUUCCGAACCCCAUAAAAUAAGCUUGAGGGAAGGAUGGGUGGCAAAGGCAGAGAGGACUGCAAAAGCAUGUGUUUGGGGGGCAGCAUUUUGAUUUGAGCUAAUCAGAUGCCUUUCCUAACUAAACAGUUUUUAAAAAUAAAUAAAUAAAUAAAAACGGAUUAAAUUUA